CGCCGCCCCGCGCCCUGCGAGCGGCUCCGCUUCGGAGCCUGCCUGGGCUCGGCGCUGCCCUACGCCGCCACCUCCACGCUGCUGGCCGCCGACUCCGCCUCGCAGGAGGAGGCGCACGGAAAGCUGCUGCUCUGGUCCGGCCUGCGCAACGCCCCGCGCUGCUGGGACGUCAUCCAGCCCCUGCUUUGCGCCGUCUACAUGCCCAAGUGCGAGGAUGGGCAGGUGGAGCUGCCCAGCCAGACCCUGUGCCAGGCCACACGGGCGCCCUGCACCAUCGUGGAGCGCGAGCGCGGCUGGCCCGACUUCCUCAAGUGCACCACCGACCGCUUCCCCGAGGGCUGCCCGAACGAGGUGCAGAACAUCAAGUUCAACAGCUCGGGGCAGUGCGAGGCGCCGCUGGUGAGGACGGACAACCCCAAGAGCUGGUACGAGGACGUGGAGGGCUGCGGCAUCCAGUGCCAGAACCCGCUGUUCACCGAGAAGGAGCACCGCGAGAUGCACGUCUACAUCGCCGCCUUCAGCUCCGUCACCAUCUUCUGCACCUUCUUCACCCUGGCCACCUUCGUCGUCGACUGGAGGAACUCCAACCGCUACCCCGCUGUCAUCCUGUUCUACGUCAACGCCUGCUUCUUCGUGGGCAGCAUCGGCUGGCUGGCGCAGUUCAUGGACGGCGCCCGCGACGAGAUCGUGUGCCGCGCCGACGGCACCAUGCGGCUGGGCGAGCCCACCUCCAACGAGACGCUGUCCUGCGUCAUCAUCUUCGUCAUCGUCUACUACUCGCUGAUGUCGGGCGUCAUCUGGUUCGUCAUGCUCACCUACGCCUGGCACGCGUCCUUCAAGGCGCUGGGCACCACCUACCAGCCGCUGCUGGGCAAGACCUCCUACUUCCACCUCAUCACCUGGUCCAUCCCCUUCGUGCUCACCGUGGCCAUCCUGGCCGUGGCGCAGGUGGACGGCGACUCGGUCAGCGGCAUCUGCUUCGUGGGCUACAAGAACUACCGCUACCGAGCCGGCUUCGUGCUGGCCCCCAUCGGGCUCGUGCUCAUCGUGGGGGGCUAUUUCCUCAUCCGGGGGGUCAUGACGCUCUUCUCCAUCAAGAGCAACCACCCGGGGCUGCUGAGCGAGAAGGCGGCCAGCAAGAUCAACGAGACCAUGCUGCGCCUGGGCAUCUUCGGCUUCUUGGCCUUCGGCUUCGUCUUCAUCACCUUCGGCUGCCACUUCUACGACUUCUUCAACCAGGCCGAGUGGGAGCGAAGCUUCCGGGAAUACGUCCUGUGCGAGGCCAACGUCACCAUCGCCACGCAGACCAACAAGCCCAUCCCGGAGUGCGAAAUCAAGAACCGGCCGAGCCUCCUGGUGGAGAAGAUCAACCUCUUCGCCAUGUUCGGCACCGGCGUCUCCAUGAGCACCUGGGUCUGGACCAAGGCCACCCUGCUCAUCUGGAAGCGCACCUGGUGCAGGCUGACGGGGCAGAGCGAUGACCAGCCCAAGAGGAUCAAGAAGAGCAAGAUGAUCGCCAAGGCCUUCUCCAAGCGCAAGGAGCUGCUGCGCGACCCGGGCCGGGAGCUGUCCUUCAGCAUGCACACCGUAUCCCACGACGGCCCCGUGGCCGGCCUGGCCUUCAACAUCAACGAGCCGUCGGCCGACGUGUCCUCGGCGUGGGCGCAGCACGUCACCAAGAUGGUGGCCAGGAGAGGGGCCAUCCUGCCCCAGGACGUGUCCGUGACACCCGUGGCGACACCUGUGCCGCCAGAGGAGAGGGCCAACCUGUGGGUGGUGGAGGCCGACGUGUCCCCGGAGCUGCAGAAGCGCAGCGGCCGCAAGAAGAAGAGGAGGAAGAAGAAGAAGAAGAAGGAGGAGGAGGAGGAGGAGGUGGUGAACCCGGACCCCGAGCGCUGCUUGGGGUUGGGCUCUGGGACGAGCUCCGUCCCUCGCCUGCCCCGCCUGCCCGCCCAGCCCUGCCUGGUGGCCUUCACCCCGGAUGUCCUGCCAGCUGUCCAGCCCCGUGCCACCUUCCCCGGGCGUCCUUGGGACGUCCUGCACGUCAUCAGCAACCCCUUCUGCCCCGAGAGCAGCACCGCCGAGCAGGACGGCCCCGGCCCUGGGCGCUGGCAGCACCACGGGGGCACCCUGUGGCACCCCGGGGUGCCCAGGACUCAGGGCCACCGCGCAGGGCUGGCCCCCAUCCACUCCCGGACCAACCUGGUGGAGGCGGAGCUGCUGCAGCCCGAUUGGGAUUUCUGAUCCCGGCGGGAUCGGUGAGACCCACCCCCGAAGGGGAGGGGACGCCAGAACCCACCCGGUGCCACCGAGGAUCCGUCCCGAAUAUUCCGGUCAGCCGCGUCCCCAUUUGUCCCCUCGGAGGAUUCGCUUCUCACCUCGGAGGAUUCGUUUCUCCCCUGGAUUCCUCUCUCCCCUCAGAGGAUUCAUUUUUCCCCUCAGAGGAGUCGUCUCUCCCCUCACAGGAUUCACUUCUCCCCUCAGAGGAUUCGUUUCUCCCCUGGAUUCCUCUCUCCCCUCAGAGGAUUCAUUUUUCCCCUGGAUUCCUCUCUCCCCUCAGAGCAUUCGUUUCUCCCCUCAGAGGAUUCAUUUCUCCCCUGGAUUCGUCUCUCCCCUCAGAGGAUUCGUCUCUCACCUCAGAGGAUUCAUUUCUCCCCUCAGAGGAUUCCUCUCCUCCCCUCAGAGGAUUAAUUUUUCCCCUGGAUUCGUCUCUCCCCUCAGAGGAUUCCUCUCUCCCCUCAGAGGAUUCGUUUCUCCCCUGAAUUCAUUUCUCCCGUCAGAGGAUUCCUCUCUCCCCUCAGAGGAUUUGUUUUUCCCCCCAGAGGAUUCAUUUCUCCCCUCAGAGGAUUCCUCUCUCCCUUCAGAGGAUUCCUUUCUCCCCUCAGAGGAUUCCUUUCUCCCCUCAGAGGAUUCGUUUCUCGCCUGAAUUCAUUUCUCCCCUCAGAGGAUUCAUUUCUCCCCUCAGAGGAUUCAUUUCUCCCCUCAGAGGAUUCAUUUCUCCCCUCAGAGGAUUCAUUUCUCCCCUCAGAGGAUUCAUUUCUCCCCUCAGAGGAUUCCUCUCUCAGAGGAUUCCUCUCUCCCCUCAGAGCAUUCCUCUCUCCCCUCAGAGGAUUCAUUUCUCCCCUCAGAGGAUUCCUCUCUCAGAGGAUUCCUCUCUCCCCUCAGAAGAUUCCUCUCUCCCCUCAGAGGAUUCCUCUCUCCCCUCAGAGCAUUCCUCUCUCCCCUCAGAGCGUUCCUCUCUCCCCUCAGAGCAUUCCUCUCUCCGUGGUUCUCUUCCCAGCCCGGGAGAGGUUUUGGGCUUCCCUCGGGAAUUCUCCCAGCGGGAGAACGGAGCCAACCCCAGCUCCCUCGGGGAUUUCAGGAGCCGGGGGACGCUCGGGGACGGCCUAGAUCAGGGUAGAUUUUUGGGCAGCUCUGCCCCACCCGCGGCUAGAGGUACGUAGAGCUCACCCCUACUUGUGCCAAUAGCGAUUUUUUAAAAAAAAAAAAAAUCUGCUUUUCUUUGGUUUUUGUUUUGUUUCGUUUUGUUUUUUUACUGUUUUAUCGUGAUGGGGACGUAGUGCCUCUGCUCGGGGUGAGCCCGGUCAGGGGCAGCAGCAGCAGCAGCAGCAUCCCUGGUGCCUGUCCCUAUUUUUGGGUUCACCCCAAUCCCUUCAGCGACCCCAAAAUCCCUUCCAGCUCCCCAGAGAGCUGAGCCAGACCCAAAUCAGGAUUAACGGGGUGGCAGCACCGGCGAGAUGGGAUGUGAGGAACACCUCGGGCUGCGUGGGCACUCCUGAGCGAAAAAUAAAAACCCCAAAACCCCUCGGGGUUGCUCGAGGUGAAUCGGGGUCAGCGACACCCCCAGAGCACAGCUUUGGAUUAUUUUUUUAGGAUAAACAAAAAUUUUAAAAAAUAAAAAUCGAGUCACAAGCAAACCCAGCGGAGCUCCGGUCCCUGCUGGUGUUUGGAUUUUUCCCUGUUUUUUUAUAAAGUCCUGGUAGGCUCCUGGCUUUUUUAUUUUCCUUUUUUAUUAUUAUUAUUUUUUGCUAUCCCAGUGACCUCCACGGGUUCGGUUUUUGCUGUGU